AUGUCCAACGUGCAAACAAAUCUUUUUGUUACUGAAGACACAAGCGAUCCAAGUAUCACAUUAGGAAAUGAAGAGGCUUUAAAUAUAGAAAAUGAUGACGAGGCGUCUACAGAUUUUACUGGGAUGAGUUCAGAUUCUAAUUUACUGGAAAUGUUGGAUAAGGAAAAUUCACAUUAUGAAAAUAGAACUAACCAAACUUCUAAUUCUAUUUUACAAGAUUCUGUAUUACAUCGUAUUUCAAGUGAUACACCAAUAAAUACUAUUACACCAUCAACUCCUCGUAUAGAAUCCAAUAGCCAUCAGGAUGAUAAUCUGACAAUAAUUGCUGCUCAAGAACCACCAUCUACAAAUAAACAUACUGUUACUAAUGAUAAUAAUAAUAUUACCACAAUAGACUUAGAUGUUGAAGAACAACAGGUAGUGGAAAUUUUAGAUGAUGAAGAAGAUGAUCUAGAACUGAAAAAAUCCAGAAAACCCCCUGAAUCAUACAAGCCGAUUAGAGAGUAUAAAUGCCCAAUAUGUUUUGAACCACCAGAAAGGGCAUUAAUAACACAAUGUGGUCAUGUAUUUUGUUGUGAUUGUCUGUUUCAAAUGGUCAAUAAUUCAAAUCCAAGUCGAAAUUUACAAAAUAGUUAUUUAGGACUAUGUGCAUUGUGCAGGUCUAAAGUCGAUUUAAGGACUGUUGUACUACUAAGAAUGAAACGUAAACAAAUCCAAACAUCAAAAGAGGAAAAUAAAUGA